CUUGCCCCUUGGAGUCCGGGAUGCGCCCAAGCAAAAGGACAUAUUGUGGCCCCACAGAAUAUUAAUGGUAAUUUUCCUCCCACACAAGAAGUGGCGGUGCAUUUCAAUCAGACGUCGCUGUGGAUAAACUUACAAAGGCCCUUGACCCUUUGUCGAAAUGCUGGCUGCAAGGAAAGCCGUAACUGUUUGGCUUUUUCUUGCCUUUGAACGAGUUUUGACUGCACAGACACCUCUGUUGAGCCAUACAUCUCCAUCCUUUUACCCGGUCGAAAAUGAUCUUGGACAAUGGGACCUUGAUAAAGCGCCUGCAGUGAACGCGACAGGACAUCUGGUGUUCGACACAGCCAAUUCUCUGCUUCAACACUGGGCAAACACGCGUUAUCGUAUUGGUCAUACAAUAGUCCCAGGGACUGUUCCCGUGGGCACUCUCCUCUACCAUGGAGCCAGCGGUCCCCAUAUACCAACCGCUUUAGAUUGGGUAGCUGUAGAACCAGAUCACUCCCUAGUGUUCUGCAAAGGGUCAAUAGAAACAGGGUGCUGGCACCUGACCCUUGCAGUCACUCAGCCGAUGAAAGUGCUCUAUUUUGACGGAAGCAGCGCUGCGAAGCUCCUCGAGGGCACCAUGGACACUCAAGAUCUCGUGGCAUGGUCGAAAAUGAAACCCGAGUGGGUGUGGAAUGAAAAGCAGCGCAUUAAGGAUCUGUGUAAAUGGGGUCAAAAGUAUGGCCUGAACGGCUUUGUGAGGAUGGAAGUGAAUUUUGAGAUCAUGAUCUGUGACUUUACCUCUCACAUGGAGGUCGUUUCGUUCCUGAAUAUGGAGAGCAUUCGCUACCGCAAGCGCUCGCCUACGGCUAUGCCAGAGGACCCCACUACCAUGCAUCAUGUUUUUGCUAUAAUGCAUUCUGCUUCAUGGCGCGCAAAUUAUCCAGGAGAGACCCGAAUUAUCCUUGAUUUUUCUGGGCUUGUCUCUUUCUACGACACCGCUCUUGUUCCCUCCUUAGUGCCGCGCCGUGUAGGCUUGGAGCGGUGGGAUCAUCGGGUGGAAGGAAUAUCAUCGGAGGAUAUAGAACGCGUUCAAGACAGGCUAGCUCAAGCGUUAGUACGACCCCCCGUGACAACCAGCGGCAUUGACUGGAAAACGGUCUUGCGGGUGGUAGUUGAUCGAUAUGCCAGCCGCCUGGACUUUAUGCAGUACCUUUUGAACAUGACGCUGGACGACAAGUCGAUCUUCGACCAUGCACAACAAAUUCAGAGACGAUUGCGCACCGUGCUUUUGCCCUACACUUUGUUUUCAGCUCUACCUCCCAAUACCUCCGUCACUGCUAACACGACAAAUUUGUGGGCUGCGCCAAUUUUUCGGGAGUGUGCUACAUCGCACACGGCCUCCAUAGUAGCUCGGGGGACGACAUUGAUGCCCUCUGAACGUUUGCUCAUGCAGGCGGUGCAGGAAACUACGCAUGAAAUAUGCCGCGUCGCCACGAAGAUGUGGGCUUCUGGAAUGAUUAUUGGGGUCGACCCCCUUUAUCCUCCGGAACAACGCCCUGAAGCCGAUCACAUACAUGCCCUCAUGGGUGAAUGGAAGGAGGAUUUGACACGGUUAAUCUCCUGCUUAGACUGGAGCGCGUGGGUGACGUGCCGACCGGCCUGUGAUUUUGAGGAGAUGUGCUACUUGCCUACUUGGCCCUAUGGGUUUUUCCCGACUCCUGGCGAACCACAUCAAGUCCCGAGGAACAGUGCUUCCUUAUGGCCAGACCCAAACAAAGGGGAAUGGAAGAGACCGCAACCAAAGUGCAUCAGACGGCGGGAGCCAUAUAAUUUUUAGGAUAUACAAUUCACAUGCAUUAUUACUGACAUAUACACGUCUUUUGUCAUAGUCCUUGUAAAAUCGUUGCAGUAGAGUUCAAGAGUGCUGCGCGCGACACAUGUAUUCUAACGAAGGAUAUGGUAU